UCUCUCUCUCUCUCUCUCUCUCUCUCUCUCUCUCUCUCUCUCUCUCUCUCUCUCUCUCUCUCUCUCUCUCUCCUGCUUUAUGUUAUGUUAUUCGAACAAUCGUUUCUAUCGGCUUUCCAAUUCCAUCUAACUUUAUUUGUGAUUCUAUGGGUAAGUUUUUAGUAAGUUAGAAACAUAUUAGUUCUUAUGUUGUGGAUGAUUCCAUAGAACUGGUCAUGUUACAUAAUAAAAAAAGCAAGCAUUGAUUGCAUAAAAUCCAACAUUGAAAGAAUAUAUGGCAUGGAUACCAAGGUCAGUUUUCCACAUGCUUGGAAGACUUGCUUUAUUUAUCUGUCACUCUGACCUUUAGAGUUCAUACAGUAAUUAUAGAAGAUCUAAACCCUUUUUCCCCUUACCACAACAAUUCCACUAGGUCCCUCUUGGAAGCUGUAAAUUAAGCAGGAGAUAAAUUAUUUAUAUGUUUGUUUGUUUUCAAUCACCGACUCCUUGCUUUAUUAUCUCUACGAACUGAGGAGCAUUUUGGUUUACUCCUACCGGGGCAAAUAUUGUAGCCAGCAUAUUGUUGAGCUUGGAUUUGCUCGAUUCUGUGUUUCCUGGAGUUGGAUAUAUAUACAAGAUCAGAUUUACAUGGUUUGUUGUGAGUUCAAGUGAUUGAAAUUUGCUAAUAAGAUCUAUCAUAAAAGGUGCAUAAGCCUGUGCACUUUCCUCUUGAAUUGGUGUUGGGUCUUGACCUGCUGGUUUCUCCAUCUAAUGAGAUGAUGCACCAAAUGUCAUUAUUUUAGACAUAUUCUCCUCUGCCAUUGUUUGUUUUUGGAGGAUGAAAUUAUUGCCUUCUGCAUGAUGUUGUUAUUUUUCAUGAAGCAAGUUCUUGGUAUUAUCUAGCUCCUCUGCCUGCUGAAUAAUGUGGUCUGUCAUUGUGGAUAAAUCUUUGUACAGUUCAUUUAUAAAGGUUAUUGGUGGUUAGUAUGUUAGGAUCAGUACUGCACAGUUAGAACAAUAAUGGCAGUUAUUGACUAAGUCGCUGUUGUGGUUCUCAUCCAGUUACCUUGGCUGUUGGUAAUCUGCCAUUGGACAAUUUCUCUUUUAUGAUGAAUUAGAUAUAUAGAGUUUUAUAAGUUUGUAAUGUAAUUAUUUCAAAUGUGACAAAAGAUAAACUUUGUUACUAUGCAACCACUCUUGCCCCUAAGGAAACAAAUCUUAACUGUUCUAUUGUUAGUGUUAUAAAACCUCUCUGUUUUAUAGUUAUAAAAAGGCCAAGAUUUUUUGUUAGUCAAGAAAUCCUCUGUUUGAACAAAUAUAAAUGAACUUCUUUCUUGAAACAACAAAAAUAACCUCUGUUUCUUGACUCACAAACAGAAUGCUCAUGUGUAUCAAUAGUCUCAUAUUAAUAUCAACUCUUUUUCAACAUAUCAACAGUAUACCAACUCAGAUUUUCCAGUUUUGUGUAUUUUUACAGAAUAAAAGUUAAGAUUUAUUUUUUCAUGCGGAUUGAUUGUAUUCCACUGGAAAUGAUAUUCCACUUGAUUGUAUUCCACUUGUUAAGACUUGGUGGUAAUAUUGGAAUUGAUUUGUCGGUAGAUUUUGUUGGAUCUAAUGCAUUCUUAGGGUUGAUCAGCUGGAAAACUUUUGACUAAUACAUCAUGAUGAGCUAGUUUUCUGAUAAACCAACUAGUUAAAUCAUUACAAAACCUCAACAUAAAUCAGUAGAUGGAAUCAUCAAUUUCAUUUCUGGAUCUGUAUACUCCAUAGUUACUUGGGAACAUGUUGAGUAAAGAGAAGGUAUCAUCGUCGAUUUCCUCAUCUUCUAUUGUUAAUCGCACAUUGGAAAACAACCCAAUGUGCACCUGUGGAUCACCUGCUUCACUUAGAACAUCAAAUACCCGGCGAAAUCCGGGGCGAGCAUUCUUUGGGUGUUCAAACUACAAUAUGAAGGGGUUACCACAUUACAACUUUUUUAAAUGGGCAGAUAGCAGUCAGGAAAGAGAACAAGAACUUGUGAAAAUUGAUAUUAAGCUGUUAAGGAAGCAGGAUGAGCUUCAGAAAACACAAGAGGAGUUUCAAAAAACACGAGAAGAGCUUCGAAAAUUAGAGGAAGAGGUUCGAAAAACUAUGGAAGAAGUUCGACAUUGGAUGGAAGAGGUUCGUAAAAGAGAGGGCGAAAUUGUCAAGAUGGAGUUGGAACUUCGGCAUCAACGCAUACAUAUUCGUAUAUGUUGGGCAAUUUUAAUAUUACUCUAUUUGUUUUACGUACGAUCAUAUUGACAACCCACUACUCGGGAUUUUAGUGUGCUUUUUAUGAACACUUGGUGAUGUAAUAUAGUAGUAGUUAUGGAAAUGCCUAUAAUUUUGUGGGAAAUAUAUGUACAUUAUCAAGGAACUUGUGGGACGACACU